ACUACCAGGUCGUCUAACUCGUGUCGCUCACUCGCGAUUGUUCGAUCGUCAUUCGGAUAAACUUGCGUCCAGAUAUUCGUACGUUUGCACGGACCGGGAUUCGGACGUCAGAGUGCGCAGUGGUCAGUGCGCAUUGUUGGACCAAGACACAGCAGAACGGGAGAUCCAGUGGGAGAGUCGAGUGUAAUGUCUGAUAAGACAAGCGAUGGACAGCCGUGAGUGUGGAUGCUCGUAUUUUUGGUUUUGACAGUUGGACGGCAGCGGUGACUGAAACUGCGGCUGGCACGCGUGAGAACCAUCGCAACCGCGUGGUGAUAUGCACGGCACGACGUGGCAUCGAUCCGAGGUGGUUUAACCUAGGGACCGAUUCGAAAAAUCGCUCGAACAGAAAAAAAGCACAAGUGGCGGUCGGUGUGUGUGUACGUGCGUUGUAUCGUGAGCAUUACGUGUCUCUCGACGGACAGAGCGCGACCGUAACGCAGCGAAUCCGUCUCUCCGCGAUAGGAGGAGGGAAAUUCGCACGAGACGUCGGAACUUGUCCCAUUCUUUCGAUCUUUUCCUUGUCUCUUUCCCUGUUUAACAGACUGAAGAAGAUUGAUUUUGGUGUUACCUUCGAGGGCUAGAUAUAGCGCUGCCUCUCUUUUUCUCUCUCUUUCGUUCUCACUGCCGAGGGACGAGGAAGAAGAAUGGAGGCGAUAGCGAAACACGAUUUCACGGCGACCGCCGAGGAUGAGCUUAGCUUUCGUAGAAGCCAGAUUCUAAAGAUUUUGAACAUGGAGGAUGAUAUGAAUUGGUACAGGGCUGAACUAGACUCCAGAGAAGGACUCAUUCCAAGUAAUUACAUAGAGAUGAAAAAUCAUGACUGGUACUAUGGAAGGAUAACCAGAGCAGAUGCAGAAAGAUUACUAAUGAACAAACAUGAAGGCGCCUUUCUUAUUAGAAUCAGUGAAAGUUCCCCUGGUGAUUUCUCUUUGUCUGUAAAAUGUUCAGACGGUGUUCAACACUUCAAAGUAUUAAGAGAUGCUCAAGGUAAAUUCUUUCUCUGGGUGGUCAAGUUUAACAGUCUUAACGAAUUAGUGGAAUAUCAUCGUACAGCGUCUGUAUCCCGUUCACAAGACGUUAAAUUGAGGGAUAUGGUGCCAGAAGAAUGUUUAGUUCAAGCGUUAUACGAUUUUCAACCUCAAGAACCUGGUGAACUUGAAUUCAAACGAGGUGAUGUAAUAACCGUUACUGAUCGUACGGAUCAACACUGGUGGCAUGGAGAAAUUGGUAAUAGACGAGGCCUAUUUCCUUCUACGUACGUUACUCCAUAUCACUCCUAGGCCUCAUGUUGUGCACACAGAGGCCAAAGGCAUCGGCCGCAUUAUCCCACCACUAUCACGUACAGGAUCAGACUUACUGCAGAACUAAUCAACAACAUUUUACAAACUCCACCUAUCGAAUGGGCUACCAGGAUGUAUUGGUGGUCUAGACGUAGAGUUGUUUAAAUGGACCGAUAUUAUCACUUAUACGUAUACUUUUUAUUGGUCUCAUUGAAAAACGUUCUCCGUGUUUAGUAAUUUAUAUAAACAAAUGUAGAGUGAUAUAUCGUGAUAUAACACAUAACAAAGUGACAUGUUCUUGUUUGUUGUUAUUGGAUCUCUAAGAAAAAUUUUUCACUGGGACUGAUACAAUUGUCCAAGACAGAUGUACGUGUUAUACAAUAGGCACAAUGUUCGAUUAUUCCAAAUUUGAUUUUUGUAAAUCUGAAAAUUUUCGAAUGAAAUGCUAAAGGGAGUUUUCUACAUCUUGAUAGUCCAUCGAUGGAGUAUGCGUAUGAAAGCAUAUAAUAUACAUAAUAUAACUGUGUACAUCAGUAACUACGAAUAUUGAUCGUAUUACGAAGAUUACGAAGAAAAAUGCGUAUUGUUUUGAAGGACAGGUGUAAGCGGGCUGGCAUAAACAUUGUAUUUUUAAAUACGAAUUUGUUGUUCGAAGAAUGGGGACCUUGGUGACAAAGAGCCUAGUAAGCUAUCCAUAUACGAGAUACAAGAACUUUAUAUAGAUGUAGCAUUAAAAUGCGUCGCCUUUUGGCAUAAAAUGCACACCAUUCUGCCUCUAUGUUGUGAAUAUUUUUACAAAUAUUUGAGGAAGAGAGUAUUCUUCCAACGGUUAAGAUACAUCUGAUAUUAUGACAUCAGAUAUACUUGCUAUGUAUCAUAUAUAGACUUGUACUAUUCAGACUGUAUGUGGAAUAAUCAUUCUUGCAUCUCCUGAGGUAAAUCGUUUUCAAGUAUUAGCAAAGGAAUAGCAGUUUAUGUAUGCUGUUCCGUCUUCUGAAUUUUUCCAAUGGCACGCAAGUGAUUGGAAAAUUUUAUUUUUACCGACUAUGCUACGAAACAUAGUUUCUUGAAACAUUGUGUUUUCUCUUUUCGAGAUUUUAUCACGAAAAAAGCGAACGGGAAUACAAGUUUUUUUUACACAAACGUCGUACAUACAUAUUCACGCUGGGACUCGGACACAACGACUGAUUUAUUCUUUGUAAUUUAAGGAGUAUCAAUAAUCGAAGGAACGUAGAGAAAUAGAAUAAAUGUAUAAAUUUUGCAUGAGAGAAUCGUUUUGUUCCUCGUUUACCGUCUUUGUAAUGCCAAUUUAUGUUUUGUAAAAUGCAUUUUCUCUGACAUGCCAAAAAGUGAUAUGUAAAAUAAUUAAUGUAAAAUUGACCAGUCUUGACUUUUGAACGAAUGGUAUGUAUAACGUUUUUGUUUCAAAACCUAUUAAUUUUUAAAAGAACGGAAGUCCAUGUAUAUUUUUUAAAUACUUCUUUUUAUCUAAUUAUUUCAACAAUCUUGCUUUCUUAUUUUCGUGUAAACAAUAAAGAUAUGUAGUCUUAUUGUGUAAUUAUUAUUAUUCGUUAUGUUUACAUUUUAUUGAUAACAAUAUAUUAUAUUAAUUACUCUUGCAUGCAUUAUUUACUUAUGCCCAUCUACCAUUAUUUUUUAAAAUUAUUUUAUAUAUCAGGAAAGAAAUAUUUUAGCUGGCGUAACUGCUUUGCAAAAUACCAUAUAAAUAAGUAAUCUUAUAUGCUUAUGCAUGCACUAUAUUCAAAAUAGGAGGAAAGAGACAGCAAAUACUAAAAAGAAUAAACUUUUUCCUUCUACCAUGUGAAAGAAAGGAAAACAAAUGAUUCUUAAGUCAAGUUUUGUACGAUCAAUAAGAGAAGUCUUUUGCAUUAUUAGUAAUUUUUUUAUUAUUUUGUACAAUUUCUGAAAAAAUAACUUUUACAUUGAUGAAAUUGGAAAAGAACGCAAAUAAUAUAUCAGUGUUCACCUUUUAUAAUGUUUAAACAUGGAAGAACAUAGCGAUUAAUUAUUUAAGUUUAAAAUGUUUAUUGUGCAAGUUUAUGUACUUUAUUCUAACUUUGUGGUUAAUGUUACUGAGAGUAUAAAUAUAGUAUAGUUGAAUCUUGUCAGACUCUUUAAAAUCAGUAGCAUAGAUUAUAAGUAUGUAGCAUAUAGAUUCACUUGCCUUUUGUACUUAAGAAGAAUUCAUCGUUACAAAUAUCUGUUACGCACAAUUUAUUUUUCUUUUAUCACAGUUACUUUUUAUUCAUGCAAUUAUGCAAUUUAUAUUUAUUUUUUUAAUUACUACAUAUUAAAUAUCAAAACAAAGUCUCUAAGACGAUAAACAAAUAAAGCAAUAUGCAAAUAUAGUUACUAGGAAUGUUGCUUUGAAACUACGUGUACAAUUGCUUAGAUGAAUUUGGAAUUGAGUUGUCUUACGACAACGGUAUACCAUGAUACAUCUGGACCAAGAAAUGUAUAAUAAUGAAAUGUAAUAAAAUAUAUGUUUGAACAAAAUUUAUUUCGCUGAUCUUGAUUUUAUUCGUUAUUCGUUGAAGCUGUACAAAAUUACACUGCUUACACUUAUUUUGAUGAUUAACAGAAAGAAUUUAUAUUAUGAGGAAAAUUAGAAUGAAUUCAUAUUAUGAAGAAAAUGUAUUUGUUGCAAAGAAAAUGCUAAUUAUUAACUGCCUGAUGUAUAGCUAGUACUUAACCGCCAUGUAAUUACAAAAUACAACUAUAGCGUAAUAAAGUGUCGUAUGAAAUA